AUGGGAUUGACACUGUUUGAAUACGUUUUAGGAAUACCCGACGAAAAUUUCAGAGUGAAAGUGGAAGAAAAAGAUAUUAAAGAAUUUUACAAUGUUACUCUACAAAGAAUACUUGGUCUUCAUUCAGCAUUUGUUUUAAAUGAAGAUGAGAUGGGAACACAACCAUUCGCAGACAGAAAAGCCGUGAAAGUGUACAUCAACAAGGGAGAACAAAGAAUGCACGGAACACUUAAAAUUGGACUAAGCAGAGCGGGGAGAAGAACAACACUGAUAGGAUGCAUAGCGUUGAGUGGUGAUGUGUUGACUCCAGGAACUGUUGUGCCAAACAAAACAGUGAAUGUUGCAUUAUAUGACAACGGAUAUGACGACUCUUCGAUAAAAAUAUACAACACGAAGAAUGGCUUUAUAAGCACUGACAUAUUUUUGGCGUGGUUUCGAGAUGUCGUUCUAACUUACAUAAUCAAAAAACGCAAUGAACUUCUUCAAACAAUCGGUGACUUUAAUGAAAAAGCGGCUUUUAUCAUAGAUGGAUGCAGUUGUCACGUCAACGAAGACCUAAGAGUAAUAUGCGAAGAAAAUAACAUUGAGUUGAUCUUUCUUGUUCCUCACUCAAGCCAUAUGACGCAAAUUCUUGACGUGGGUGUCUUUGGUUCUUGUAAGAACCAACUAAGACGGUACUGUGAGUAUGUGACUCAAGUAGUCAAAGAUGAAGAUGACAUUGAAAAUAAAAGCACGGAAAAUGUAUUUGAGGAACAACUUAAUAUGGAGGAAGUGGUGGAGAAGGAAGAAUUAGAUGAAGUGGAAGGAGAAACGAUCACAAAGAAGGUAAGAGAGAAAAGAGGAAUUUGUCUUGUGAAUAGACUCAUCUCAAUGUUGUCUGCAUUUCAGGCGGCAACAAAUAGACAAAACGUUGUCUCUGCUUUUCGGCAAUGUGGUAUCACUUACAAGACAGACAUAAACUGUCCAUCAAAAAAAAGAGACAAUCGUUGUCCCACAAAAGGCGAGAAUUGUGUGUCGGGCAUAUCCAGGAAUUUUUGGGUCUCCGGUUGCAGAAGAGGAUGUAAACAAAUGUGUUUUGAUUCCAAUGGUGGAGCACAUAUCUCAUCCUGUGUUCGGACCAGAACGUAA